AUAUUUACUCUGAGCAGGGUGGAGGGGCCCUCCCAGACCACCAGCGAAUUAGGUUGGGGUCUGAAUUACACCCUGACCAUAGAGGGACGGACCUCCACCGAGAAUGGUACUGGCGGGGGAGGGGCUGCGUGCCGUGCAUCCUCCCCCUGUCCGAUCGGACACACGCGAUCCGCGGGCGGAGGAGGCCGCAGUGAAGCCGCUACGUGGAGGAAAAGAUCCGGCUUCCGAGUGCUCGUGCUCGCCCGCGAGUACCCCGGCAGCCGGAAAAAACACAUGGGACCGUCAGAGAUGAACUCUGCGGUCCCGGAUCUCGGGGGAGUGGAGGAGGCAAAUGCUUUGGUCAGCCUCCUGAAGACCCCGAGCGGCACACCAAUCGCCUGUAAAAAAAACAAAG